AUGACUGUGAAGUUACACGAAGAAACAGAACGUACUUUAUCUGAAUUAAAUGUUUCAAAUAAUGGUUUGGAAUACCUGUCUCCUUUAACCCUGAAGCCGUCAGAAAACGUCCGCAUUCUUGAUCUCUCCAACAACAAACUAAGUGUAAUGCAAGAGAAGUACACAAAGGACUUUGAGAACUUAUUUUGGGCUCAAACAAAAUUGCAUUACCUUAACUUCUCCCAUAACAGUUUAAGUAAAAUACCUAUGCAAACAUUCUCAAAAAACAAACAUUUGAAAGUUUUAGAUAUUUCAUAUAAUAAUAUAGAAAGUUUAGAUUUCGCAGUGAAGCAAUUAGUAAACAUUGAAAAACUGAUUGUCAGUCACAAUAGGAUUUACACGAUUGAAUACGAUUUCCGAAUAGAUUUGCAAAUGCUUUUAUCAAGACUUUCUAAUUCCACUCUAGACGGCAAUGACAUAUUCUAUGUGUAUCUGGAGGGAAAUCCAUUUGAAUGUACAUGCGACAAAGGGAAUAUGAGAUUUCUGGAAUGGCUUCAUGCUACCGACAUUAUAGAUGAAAAUGAAACAUUAACAUGUAAUCUAGAUGAAAACCUCGUAGACGUUAGAGGAAACGGUCUAGCAGAAACUAAACAUUUCUGCAGAAUGCAAAAUCUCCAGAAGAUUGCAUCGAUAUCUACACCCCUUGUGUCUGCAGCAGUUAUAAUAUGUAUCAUAUUUGUUUUUCUCCUUAACAGACGUCAUAGAAGAAAAUUAAUUAUUCGUGAAGUUGUUGCCCAAAUUGAGAUGGGAAUCUUCCCCUUACAACAUCUAGCAUUUUUGUCGCACUGCAGCGAAGACACAGACCUUGUAAUGAGCAAAAUUUAUCCGGAACUGUGUGAACACUUAUCAGAAAUAACUCGUUCAAAGGAGGAACUGGUAUGUAUAGGCGACAGACAUUUUCGACCUGGAUUUGCUCUUCGUGAGGAGGUAAUGCGCUGCGUGGAAAACUCGUCGGUAUUUCUGGCAAUUAUUUCGAGAAAUUUCUGUCGAAAAGCAUGGUGUAAUUUGGAGAUUGGAGAGGCAUAUGACCAGAAUAAGCCAAUUAUAAUGCUCAUGACUGAACAUGUUGAAAAAGAAUUGAUGGACUAUCUUCUACAGAAAAUGUUUGAUCGCUACACUCAUGCGACGUGGAUACCAGAUGACAAUGGCGGUCAUGUUGAACCAGAAUGGAAAAUAUUCUGCAACUCAAUCAUACAGCUAGCAGGAAAAUCAACUGAAAAACAUGUUAAAACUCCUGCCGAAAAAAAAUGUCUAAUAAAUUCUACAUAUCGGAGUUAA